AUGACUGAACUCAAAGCUGCCGUUGCCGAGAUCGCCGAGCAGUUCGCGGUGUCGCAGGAGAAACUCCAACAAGGAGUGGAUCUCUUCAUCGAGCUUGCCGACAGAGGCCUUGCCUCUGACGAGGAUGUUCACGGGCUUCCCAUGAUUCCCACAUAUGUUAACACGAUUCCAACUGGCUCCGAGCGUGGAAUCUACCUUGCUGCCGAUCUUGGAGGAACCAACUUCAGAGUGUGUUCUGUCACGCUUGCUGGAGACCACACCUUCAAGCUUGUUCAGUCCAAGAACCCAAUUCCAGUUGACUUGAUGUCUGGUUCUGGAGAAGAGCUUUUCAGCUAUCUGGCUUCGAAAGUGGCCAGUUUUGUUACCGAGCACCACGAGGCCAAGGAGACCGAUGAAAAGUCCAAGUUCAAGCUCGGAUUCACGUUCUCCUUCCCUGUGACCCAGUCGAGUCUGAACUCGGGAACCCUGUUGAGAUGGACCAAGGGCUUUGAUAUCCCAGACCUGGUGGGAAAGGACAUUGUUUCUGUCUUCCAGGGCCAACUGGACAAGCAGAACGUUCCCGUUGACGUUGUGGCCCUUGCCAACGAUACCGUCGGAACAUUGCUCUCCAGAGCUUACUCCUCGGGUGCUGUUGCUGGUGGUAAGCAGGGAGACACCCUGAUCGGUGCCAUUUUUGGUACCGGUACCAACGGAGCCUACCCAGAGGACAUUGACAACAUCAAGAAAUUGCCUGCCGAUGUGGUGAAAAGUCUGAAGGCCAAGGGUGUGACACAGAUGGUGGUGAACACCGAAUGGGGUUCAUUUGACAACAAAUUGCAGGUUCUGCCAAACUCGAAGUACGAUGUUGCCGUUGAUGCUCUCACCAGCAAUAAAGGAUACCACAUGUUCGAAAAGAGGGUCAGUGGAAUGUUCCUCGGUGAGAUUUUGAGACAGAUUCUCAUUGACUUCCACCAAAAGGGUCUUAUCCUGAGACAAUAUCCUACCUUUGACAAAUUGCCACAUCGUCUUCGCACGCCUUGGGAAUUGGACUCGGAGGUGCUGUCGCUGAUGGAGAUUGACGACUCCUCGAGUCUCAAGGCCACCGAGCUCACUCUUAAGCAGAACCUCAGACUGCCAACCACAGAAGAGGAGCGUCUUGCUAUCCAGGACCUCACACGUGCGAUCUCUAAGAGAGCAGCUUAUUUGGCUGCCAUUCCUCUCGCUGGAAUCCUUGUCAAGACCGGUGCCUUUGAAAAGGGAGUCCAUAAGGAGAUUGAUGUCGGUGUCGAUGGCUCCGUGGUUGAAUUUUACCCUGGCUUCAGAGCCAUGAUGAGAGAUGCUCUGGCUUUGACUCAGAUCGGAGACAAGGGUGAGAGAAGGUUGCACAUCAACAUUGCCAAAGAUGGUUCUGGUGUUGGUGCGGCUCUGUGUGCUCUUGACGGUGCCUAA